AUGGACGAUGAAGUAGUAAACAGUAUACCGGAAAGAAGGUUAGAUGAGCGCCUUGUUAGUGCAGCUGAUAGUCAUCUCACUUGGCGCGAUGCGAGCUCUCAAGAGAUACUACCAGGUUUUCAGAAUGAUGGUCGUACACUUGUAGAGCACUCAGUUGAAGAGCAAGAGAGCAAAAAAAAAGUGACAGAUAAAGAGCAGGAACAACCACCACGUGCAUUAGAUGAGAGUGAAGUCUAUUUCCUUAUUGCAGACUUUCUGAAACGUCACUCGGUGUGCCACAAGGCGGCGGAUAUGUUGAUUCAGGAGCUGGUUGAGCACGAGUUACUUAAGAGCGGAGUGGACUGGACGGGCAAGCCUCAUACAGCCACGUACGAGGAUUACAGAUUACGUCAUCGAGAUAUUUCAGCCAGUCAUUUGAUGCAACUCCUGCAAGAAGCAGCAACGUUAUUUCCGAGACUUCAUAGCGAGAAGGACGUGGAUAUGAAGACAAACAGUGCAUUGAUUAGUAGUAAGCAAAACAAUAGUUUGUUACUUAAGGCAAGAGUGAGGAGAUCGCUGGUGUUGUCACUCGACGAGAGCAAGAAAUUGGCAAAGGAUAUUGUAAGCCAGUUUAUUACAAGGAGACAAGUGAGCAAGACGUUAAACGUUGUGGAAAAGGUGAUUCAAAAAUAUGAGCGGUAUCGCAAGUACACGUCUGCGACAAGCGUGGAAGAGCUACCCUUGGAGCUGCAGCUAGCGUUGGUAGGUCAAGCUGCAGGAAUGGACCAGGAUAAAGUAACGACGUUGGCAGCCGAUGUGCGCGCCUUGAAGCAGCUUAUUCACUUACGACAGGAGCACAGAGUGGCGGAGAAACAGAUUUGUAUGUUGAUGGACCGUGCUAAAUGCUGUGGACUAUUUCAAACGACGGCGCGAAAUGGACGCAAUCAGGCCUCGUUGUUGCGACGAAGAGAGGUAAGCUCACAGCGGGAUACACAGCUCCCACCAGCGUAUGUGUACAGCCGGAUAAGGAGGUUGAAAACGCUGAGUGGACAUCUACAGAUUCAGGCAUACUGUCUUGCGUAUGAUAAAUUGGGCAAGGUCGUGAUUACCGGAUCUGAUGACAGACUUGUGAAGAUCUGGUCACUGGAAACAGGAGAUUUGUUGUUCACGUUACGAGGACAUGUGGGUAAUAUUACAGAUUUGGCAGUGAAUCAUUCAAACAUUCUCCUGGCCUCAUCUUCCGACGAUAAGACUGUGCGAGUGUGGGAAAUAAGUACGGGUGCCCCUGUUGCUGUUUUGGUUGGACAUUCUAGUGUCGUGAAUGCAGUUAGAUUUCAUCCGAGCAGAAAUAUUAUUGUCACGGCGUCGGACGACGGGCGGUGUUUUUGCUACAAAGUGCCAGAGAUUCCACCCGUGGAUCGACCAGAAUCAAAGAUUGAGACUGCACGACGCUUGUAUUCGCUAAAUGCGUAUAUGCUGAGUUUGCACCCUAUCUACGCGAUGAAGCAUGCUCGCCGAGAGGGAGUCCGUUCGUGCAAAGUACACUGCAUUACCUUUAGCCGAUGCGGAGAUUUUGUUGCCUCUGGUGGCCACGAUGGAACAGCACGUGUGUGGGAUUUAUCGAUGGUUUCAGCACCCGAUGCACCUGCAGUUAUACCACGAUUUCAGCCUACAGAUGAACCACAGGAAGCAAGGGUGCAAGAGCAGCAGCGUAGCGCAAACGGAUUGCGAAGCGAUCAGCAAUCCUUUGUUGCAAUUCCACCCUUCAGUGCGCUAGCUCCGAGCUUGCAGAAUUCAUUGAUACAACAGCCGUUAAGUCAGGUGAGCAAUGUCGCCUCAUCGGCAGCUUCAGCCGAAUCUUUUCGAGACGUGGUACCCUCAAUAGCGCCUGUGACUUCUGGAUUGUCUCCAUUGCAACCCCUGAUGCUAACGCAACCUCAGACUGGUCUAGAGGUGCUACUUCCAACUGUUGCAGAAGCGUUGCAGCGAGAGACGUUGCCUCGACAACUGCAACCUCCACAGACAGCGCUGCGCGGGUGUGGAAAUGGAAGCGAAAGUAUAAAUGCGUGGAGGGGGGCUAUUCUCUUUGCAAAAGAUUCACCAGUCGAGCACGAUGACAUUUCAGCUUUCUACGGGGUUCGUGGUCGAAAAAAAGCUAUCCCCGUUGUAGACAUGGUUGCAUGGACACACGACGAUAAGCGACUCAUUACACUUCAUAGUGUCAAACUUAACUCAGAGUCCGUGGACCCAACUUGGGAACAGAGGAUACGAGUCUGGGACCCGGAAAGUGGUAAACUGCUGAUGACGUUGGGUGCGGUUGACAAAGAAAAAAAGUACGGGCAUGUGAAUGCUGCUUUUGCUCUAAGUGCGCAUCCAACGGAUUGGCGCAUCAUAGUCACGGCAGGAUACGAUGGACGAGUGUUUUUGUGGGACAUAUCCACGGGUAGAAUGUUGAAGUCCUUUACGAAUAUGUCACCGGACUCAAAGCCGCUGUCCAAUCUCGAUGGCGGUUUUACACCGAAUGGCAAUGGCUUUUGCUUCACGGAUCAGAUUGGUCGACUGCAUAUUUUUGGUACAGGAUCUGGAGAGCAGUACGCAGCGACGCCUGUACAGCAGUACUUCCUACAUGACUACGUAAUGAUUGUUACUGAUGGGUACUACAACGUGCGAGAUAGGGAUACUGGUGAAUUGCCGAGCUUAAUGGAUUCGGGUCCUCUAAUGGAUGCCUCGCUGGUCCAGUAUCCACACCAGCCACCUCAUCUGUUAACCAAUACAUUGGUCUCUUCUGAACAGUACGAGGUGAAUCGAAGAUUGCGAAUUCAGCAGGCCAAAGAAUCGGAAAUUCGAUGCGCAGUGCGCCUUGAGCCUGAAAUUGAGGAGGAUGCCCACUCAUUCCCGCUAGCAGUUGUUAAGAGUGACGAGAAGAAGUCUGUGCAGACACAGGGAGAAUUUGUUGCUGAUGCCAUGGCACCGGCUAGAGCCUCAUACAGAUUGAACGGUGCCCCACUGAUGUUGUCAGAUCUUCGGCGUCGCGGUCCUGGAUCUAGAAGAUACGCAGACCCACGACGUCGACGUGAGACGCCUGCUGAAGAGCGCGAUACAUCAGUGUUAGAGAUAGAAAUUUCUAGUGAGGAUGAUCGAAGCGAUGAAGACUUUCAGGUACCAACACCACGACGUGCUGCUGAAGAAGAAGAGGAAGAGGAAGAUGAGGACGAAUUUGACCCGGACGACGAUUUGCUUAGCGAAAAUGAAAGAACUCUUAUAUCUCCAGCAAACUCAAGGCGGAGGCUGCUUCGCAGCACGCGACAAAGGGAGCCGCUACGUGCUCGGUCUUCGUCUCGGGGUGGUCGGAGGCUACGGUCAGAUAGCGAGGAAGAGCACGAACAGGACGACACUCCUCGGCAGUUGCGGGCCCGAAGAAAUGCAGUGAGAUCUCGCUCCAGAUUUGUGCUAGAUAGUGACGCAGAAGAGGGAAAUGAUGAGGCGUCUGAUGAGCGUACGGAUGGUUUUGAUGCUGAAAGAGGGAUGAGCCAUCAUGGUGGCCAAGAUGAGGUUAUUGUGGAGUCAAAUGAUGGUAUUAUUAUGGGUGACAACCAGCUAGAUCGAUUCGAUCAGAGUGUCACCUAUACUCAAAUGCUUCAAGCGAAAAGAGCUCAGCUUGGCGCGGCACCAGUUCCCUCAGAAAAUGGAGACGACGCAUUGAUUCCAUGUGCAUUUUGUGGUGUUGGAGACGACGAUGUAAUGCUUAAGUUACCCGGAGACGGUAUGGGUGUGCACCCAUUGAUUUACGGCGCUCAAAGGGUAUUUGUGCAUGAUCAAUGCGCUAUUGCCUCUCCGCUUUGUUUCAAUCGAGACGGCAACUGGUACAAUGUGACCAGGGAGAUUCGUCGCGGACGCUCUCUAGUCUGUGUUGCAUGCAACAAGCGUGGUCCAACAAUUGGUUGCACUAUUGCCGCAUGUCGAAACUCUUAUCAUUGGAAAUGUGCGAUCAAUUUUGGAUGGUCAGUGGAUCAAAUGCAUUUCUUCUGCCCAGAUCACCAAUCUCGGCGCGCGCAACGAUAUGAUCAAGAGGAAAAUAAUCAACUUGUAGCGGAAGAUGGAGGAGCUAUCAUUGAACCUGCUUCUAAACGCUUCGGUCUUAAAUUUCAUCGCGAGUGGUUGCAACUAGUAAAUCUUCGAUCGAUUCAUCAGUAUGUUCCACAAGUUGGUGAUUAUGUGGUGUACCUGCCAGAGGGACAUCCUGGAUACUUACAUUACGGGGGAAUACCGCACCCAAGAUACUUUGCGCAACUGUCCAAAUUCUAUGCAGUUAAGUGUCGCGUUGGCGAUGUAAAAUAUGUGUUUCCAACCGCAGAAGAGCACGCGAGGUGUGACACUAUCAAGUGUGAGCUUAUGCUGGCGGUCCUUGCUGUGCCAACAUCAGCUGUUCGUCCUGGUAGAGACCACGAAGAGCAAGAAGACGAAGAAGAAACUAAAGACGAUCCAGAUUCUGGUGCAACAGACUUGUUCAACCCAGAGUCAUCCCCUUUUGCAGAAUUUACGAGCGUUGAUCAAGAGUUGUUGCCCGCAGCAAGCGAGCCAUCUGUACGCUUCAACUUUAAGAUUAUGUACCACUCUAACGAUGUGGCAAAUUUUCUCGUGCUCGAUCAUGUCUACGAAAAUGGGGUAUGUGGCAACUGGUGCAUUGGUGAUCGUAUUCAGAUGCCGUUUGUACAGCUGAAUCAACACGGCCUUGAGAUUGAAGCAAAAAUGUCAUACGGGACCAUAAAAAAUAUUCUUCGGAAGCCGUUUCUAUCAAGUAGCUUGGGAGAAGUCUCGCCUUGGGAAUGCGUCAUGGUUGACUGGGAUGACCCAGACGAUGAUACAUGUGCCGUAUGUCCAUGGGAAAUUGAGUCAUUGUCACCUGAAGAGCGACGGGAGAAACGUGAACUUUCUCUUCGUAGACGCUCGACGCGGCUCUACUUCUCACGAAGUAUUAUCGGCGAUAAAUGUGAGGCGCUUUUACAGGAAAUGGACCAGGUGUUGACACUGUCAAUUUCACGCGACUUCAUGUAUCCCGUCGAUGAAGAAACCUUUAUGGACUACCCGAUAUCUGUUGCCAAUCCAAUCGAUUUGACAAAGAUCCAGCAGCGACUACGGUAUGGCUUUUAUCGUCAAGUGGAGGCGUUUUUAGCAGAUGUAAAGCUGCUGAGUAUUAAUUGCGAGACGUACAACAUUCCAUCAAGCCCGAUCUCACAAAAUUCGCGAAGCCUCUUCUCCGCUCUUUUGACGCAGGCGCAACGUCAUUUUCCGCACUUAUUGCUUGAUGCUAAUGGUGGAGAGUCUGGCGGAGAGCUAGCCAACGUGGUUUACUCGUAUCCCCCAGACGAUUUUUUGACAAGUUUUAAUGAAGACCCAGAGGACACGCAGUUAGAACUACUGGAAAUUGGUUUGUUGACUUCAGCAGCAUCGGAGGAAAUAUUUAGCGAUUCGGAUGCACUUGAUGUUAAUCAGGUCGAUGCUCGUGCUGUGUCUCAUCCUCCCGCGACUCCUUCUGCUAUUAGUAAUGUGGAUGCUGCUUCGUUGCAAGCGAGAUCUCAUCAUCGUUCAUGCAGCAGUGAGGAGACAAAGGAUGGUGAUGCAGUUGGAGUACAGACGGAUCACAUAGAGGAGCAAAGUGGCGAAGCAAUCAUCGACAACGUAUUUAGCGAAGAACAAUCUACGACAAGUGAUGUGGGGGAAAAUGUUGUUACAAUUUCUAAUAGCCCGAGGCAGCUUCGGAAUCGUGAAAGAAGAGAACCGCAGCUUCUGCCACCUCGAGUUCGACGCACAACUCGAGUGAUAACAACGCCAUUAAGUGGUAGUGUUCGCGGAGGUGCAUCCGCACGAAAGCGACAGCGCAAAAACUCUGACCAGGAGCUUUUGACCUACUCAACCCUGAUGGAUAAAUACACUAGCUCACAACGUGAAGCAAUAGAGGAGGCAUGUGUCGAGGAUCUAAGAGCCGUGCUGCAAGUGUUCCACGAGGCCCUUACCGAUGCUGACAAAACGGAUAUAUUUGCCUCGCCUGUCACCGAUAAUGUGGCCCCACAGUAUUCUCAGAUAAUUGCGCAUCCAAUGGAUUUUGGAACGAUACAAGACAAACUGAACGAGUACAAAAGCUUUCGCGACUACUUCGCUCACGUAAUUCUUGUGUUUUCCAAUGCGGUUACCUAUAAUGGCUGGGACUGUUUCAUCGGCGGUCUAGUGGAGGAUUUACAGAAAUACUGCGUCAAGUUCUUGCUGGAUGCGGCAGGCGUAAACCUUCAAGGGCACACAAUACCUGCUACGAAAAAGGCUAGACAGCCUGUUUGUAAUGUAAGAAAUAAGCCAUCAGCUGCUGCACUGGGUAAACAACGAGCUCGUCGGAAGCCUGUCACUGCUCUUUUGAUAGAUGAAGAAGAUAGCUGGCACAGCAGUAUUUCAGAAAGCGAAGAGGAGGACGAUAACGACAAAAGCGACAGCUUCGGCGACAUACGUCAGCUUUUGAAAGCAGAAGAAGAAGAAGAAAACCAAGCGGCACCGCUAGUACUCAACAUGGACGAAAAAAUUGCUGUAAACAAAAAGAAAUGUGGUGAUAUGAACCCCAUCGUGUCAACUUGUGCACGUUCUAAAAUAGUGCAUAUUUUCAUGCAAAUACUUUCGCCAUACUUAUCUCGGGCAAACUAUCGGCACGUGAGCUCGGCACGUGAGCUCGGCACGUGA